AGCCAAAACAUUAGCUUCUGUUGCUGCUAGUUGAUAGCUAACAUUGUAAAGGACUGAGGAUGUUGCAUAAGGCAGCCAAAACAUUAGAUUCUGUUGCUGCUAGUUGAUAGCUAACAUUGUAAAGGACUGAGGAUGUUGCAUAAGGCAGCCAAAACAUUAGCUUCUGUUGCUGCUAGUUGAUAGCUAACAUUGUAAAGGACUGAGGAUGUUGCAUAAGGCAGCCAAAACAUUAGCUUCUGUUGCUGCUAGUUGAUAGCUAACAUUGUAAAGGACUGAGGAUGUUGCAUAAGGCAGCCAAAACAUUAGCUCUGCUGCUGCUAGUUGAUAGCUACGAAAACAACACAUGAACUGGGACGGCAUGUAUUGUCCUUGAUUUAGAGGAACUAAGCCAAUCAUUUUUCAUGAUUAAUUUAUGUUUCGGACAAGUUGGUUAGCGAGAAGACUGUAAAAGCUACACAUCUCAAGACUUUAAGUGCCAUACCAUCAGAUGGUGUGUAAUCUACGUUCCCAUACGCUGAGGUUUCGUUGUUAUACUGUAUACUUGAUGUUCCUGACGAGUUAUAUCUUCCAUGGCGACUUACUGGGCGACAAGAAUUCGCCAUUUUGUAAACAAAAGAGACACAGUGGUUCAAAGUUGUGUUCCCUUGCUUGUGGGGUUCAUAAGCAGCUUGGCACAGAGGGUAGAGAGAGUACACAUAAUUUGUUUUGACAGACAUCCUCAACAGUUCCGUGAUGCUGUUCCACAGCAGUUCCAAAACAAGUUGGUAUUUCACGACGGAACCAAAGACAUUCUUGGAAUCAGCCCGGAAACACAGCUAUCCCUUCAAACCAAUAUCCCUCAGUACCUGAACUCUGUUGCCGGUCAACCAGGCUGUCAGGCGUAUCAUUCUGUUGCUGUAGUGAUUGAUAACCUCAGUCUGUCAUUGCUACAUCGAGGUGCACCGUACACAUGUCAGACUCUUGCGCAGAUCCGUGAAACUAAAAUACAAGGUGCUGAUGUAGAGCAGGUGGUGUGUAGCCUACACUCUGAUCUCCAUGACAACAUAUCACUCAGCCUUGUAGAGCACCUAGCAACAACUGUUGUCAAGGUUACAGAACCGAAAAUGGACCAGUUCUUCAUGGCAGCAAACAUUCUGCAUAAACGACAGUCAGGGAAAGUGAUACGAACAAUGGAGCAUUUUAACAUCAAUGAUCAGUACGGAGUGUUCAAUGUGACGGAGGUCAAGUCAGUGAGUGCUACGCCAUCAGUGAUGGAUUCCAAGCAGCCGGAUCCUACAGCCAAUUUGACGUUUAACCUGACCCUGACUGACAAAGAGAAAGAGGCGAGAAGUCAAGUGAAACUUCCUUACACAUAUGAUAGAGAAAAACAAGAUGACAGAUUGCUGAAAUCUGUGGGGGAGGGGAAGAUCUUCUAUCAGCCGGACGAGGCAGACGAUUUUGACGAGGAAGACCCGGAUGAUGACCUUGAUAUUUGACAAUUGCUGUUACCUUCUUCUUUGACCUUUAGUCACUUUUUUGAUUGCAACAAAAAAGCUACAUCUGGGUCAAAAUAACUUGUGUUGAAUGA